CCGUUCCCCGCCGGCCUGCCCGACAGGCUCGACCGCCCGGAGUCCAGGCGAGUGUGCUCCCCUCCCUCAUUUCGACGCCGCGGUCGCCCUCCCCAGAUCUGACCCCCCCCCCCUCCUCCUCGCGCCUCCCGCCACGGUCCACUCCGGCGGCUGCCCCGUCCCCUUCUUAAACCCCACCGCCCUAACCCAACCCCUUACUCCACCACCGCCGCCCGCAACUCCAGCGCUAGCGACUUCACCGUCUCUCGUCGCCAUGGCCGCGGCGCUCCUCCUCCUCCUCCUGGUCCCGCCCGUCAGCCUCCUCGCCGCGCUCGCCUUCCUGGCGCGUCCCCGCGCCGUGCGGGUCCCCCUCAGGGCCCGCCACGUCUUCAUCACGGGCGGGUCCAGCGGCAUCGGGCUCGCCAUGGCCACCGCCGCCGCCCAGGAGGGUGCGCGGGUUUCCAUCCUCGCGCGCAACCUGGCGCGCCUCGAGGAAGCGCGCGCCGCCAUCAGGGCCGCCACGGGGCAUGACGUCCGCGUCCACGCGGCCGACGUGCGGGACGCGGACGCCGUGGCGCGGGCGCUCGCGGAGGCCGGCCCCGUCGACGUCCUGGUCUGCAACCACGGCGUGUUCGUGCCGCAGGAGCUCGAGAGGCAGGACAUGGAGGAGGUCAAGUGGAUAGUGGACAUCAACCUCAUGGGCACCUUCCACCUCGUCAAGGCCGCGGUCCCCGCCAUGAAGGCGCGCACCCGAGAGAUGGCUCUGCCCGCGUCCAUCGCAAUCAUGUCCUCGCAGGCCGGCCAGGUUGGUGUUUAUGGGUACACUGCGUACUCGGCAAGCAAGUUCGCGCUGCGGGGACUGGGGGAGGCGUUGCAGCAUGAGGUCAUUGCGGACAAUAUUUAUGUCUCAUUGAUCUUCCCUCCUGACACUGAGACUCCGGGUUUCGAAGAGGAGCAUAAGAGGAGGCCAGAAUUGACCAACAUCAUAGCAGGAUCAUCUGGUGGAAUGAAGGCCGAUGCUGUUGCUAAGAAGGCUCUGGCCGGCAUCAAAUCUGGAAAGUUUAUUGUCCCCUGCAAUUUUGAGGGCGCAAUGUUAGCUGUAGCCACUGCUGGUUUAUCCCCACAGAGCUCCCCGUUAAUGGCAUUCCUAGAGGUGAUUGGUGCCGGAUUCAUGAGGUUUGCAGCACUUUGUUUCCAAUGGAAUUGGUUCUCUACGAUAGAGAACUACUAUGCCAAAAACAAGAAGCGCGAGUGAGAACACAAUCCACACCUGGAUAUCGUUUUUUUUUUAAUUUCGUGAGAGCUAUAAGCCAACAAAUAAUUCGUCUUAGCACCUGAUUCGAAUGUAGCGUUGUGUGUUCAGUAGCUUCAGUUCUCUCCUUUUUAAUCUUUUCCUCGUUCUGCCUUGAGAUCGUGUGUACAAUGUAGAUUUCAGCAAAAAUAAUACAAUAGAAGGCAAUAUUGCUUGGAUUA